AGCGGCAAAUUCACGCGGAGCCCAGCGCGCGCCCCGCAUCAUCAUCAUCAGAAGCAGCAGCGGCGGCAGCGGUAACAGUAACAGCAGCAGUAACAGUGUAACAGUAAGAGUGUGAUGAAGCAGCGGAGGACUGAGACCCUCCUGCUCUGAGACACUGGACCAGCCCGCACACAGGAUGACUGAGGUGAUGAACUCUCUGGAGCCCGGGGCGGAGGACUUCAGCGGGGGAGGAGCAGCGGGGGACGAGGGCGCACUCUUCUCAGACGCUCACGAGAGGUAUCCAAAGUUGUCCAAGAGGCUUCCGUCCAUUGUGGUGGAGCCGACGGACGGAGCCGAGGUGGAAAGUGGCGAGCUCCGCUGGCCGCCUGAUGAGCCGAGCUCUCCGGACGCUCACACUGCGCGACAGAGUCCAGAGGAACAAACUGCAGAUGAGGAACAGCCAAGUGUCGGUGAGCACGAGGAGGCUUCAGGAGCGGAGAUGCAAGACUGAGAACCUCCUCCUCCUCCUCCUGUGAAAUCCACCUUUACUGUGAGUGUGUCCAGACUUGGAUGAGUUCAAUAAAAAAAAAAGAAAAAGACGUGUUCACUUUGAGUGUAUUGAAAGACCGUGAUGGCGUAGAAAAACAGAUUCCCCAUCCUCAGCUCUGGGGCUUGGAGCCAGAGUCAAGCACUGAAGACACCUUUAGUGUCAAUUCACUAAACAUCCGUUGCACAAGAGGUUAAAUCCACAAAUACAAUAAUUGAUGUGAGCAGACGUGGUUUCACGUCCGUGUUUCUUAACCAAACAUACAUUUUUAAUUUGAUGGGUCAAAAACGGUCUCUCUGGCUCCGAGCCCUUGUCGUUCCACUGAGGAUCUGGACAGACGUCUCUAAAUGCUGUCUUAAGUAUUUAGCUCAUGUGUGCCAUACUACUACUUCUACUGAUGGUAGCGACUGUAUUUUGUGCACAAGUUUUUAGAUUUGACUGUUUAUUAAGUGCUCACUGCUGUAGUUUGGUGACCUGGUCUCACUUUUCACUCUGUAAUAGUAGUGACGCAAUGUUUUGAAGAGCGUUUGCUUGAUUAAUGAACUGAUUUGUCACUUAAUUUAAUGGUGUAACGUUCUUUAAAGGGAUGGUACAAUUGUUGAGGUGUGGUUGCAUAAGGUGUGGACAACUGGAAAGUGAAGAUUCGGUCACUUUUUUACACUUUUGACUCUCCCACACCAAAUUCCAUAGAGAAAAUCAGCAAUUAUCGGUCACAGCACGCGGGAGAUGUUGAUCCACUCGCUGCCGCCGUCAGUGUUCAAAAUCCUUUUUGAAAGUUUGUGUCACUGUGGUAAAUCUGAACAAACAGCAGCAGUAGACCAGCAGCUCUAGUGUUCCUGCAAGCUAAAAUUGCUGAUUUUCAGUUCUCAGAACUCUUCCAAACAGCGAGAUAAAAUAUAGAUUUUAUCAACCACACCUCAAAAAAAACCUUGACCUGUCUCUUUAAUAUAAUAUUUAAGCUAUGUCUUCAUGCAGUAGGUAUUAAAGGGAAUGUAACCGUGUUGUUUUCUUUCAUAUAUUAGAGCAAUACAUUCAGAGGACGUCCAUUUUCUUACAGACCACAGACGUAAAGAAAAAAGAACCAGUAUAUUUUGAAUGUAAGCUGCUUGUUACAGACAUGAUAUUUUAUUUUAAAAAAACAAUACUGUGCGUCUAAAUUAUUGCACAACUAAUAUUAAACAUUUUCAAAAUUCUU